GAUAAUAAAACAAUAAGUAUUUGAUAAAGGGGGGGGGGGGUAGGUAUAAUAAUUAAUCAUUAUAUAGGCAAUUUCGAGUGAAAAUCGACGACGGACUUACGGACACGACCGCUGCCGCCGGCCGCAGACGGCGACUGACUGAGUGACUGGGCAGCGCGAGGGGAGACAGAGCGCCAGCGCCUCCUGGAACCUUCCAGAGCCCGGUGACCGUUACUCUUAAAGGCGCCCCCCCCCCCCCCCCCUUGAAAACCACUUUUAAAAUCUCUUAAACCCCCCAAACUAAAACACUGUCCACUUUUCUUUUCUUUUUUGAACAACCCCUCUCACAGCAAAGUGACUUUUCCCCCCCCCCACCUCUGUACACGAAACCGCUUGGAAACUGGACGCUUCCAGCAGCGGCCUCGGAGCGGACAAUGCCUGGACAGCAGCCGCAGAGAGACAAGGACGAGGAGAAGGCUGAUGAGGAUAUGGAGCAUGAUUCCGUGGAAAAUGAGGAGAGCUCGGAUGAAGAGAGUGGCAGUACCUCGGCAUCUGAGGAGGAGGGCGAGGACAGCUCAGAGAUGGACGAUGAGGACUGUGAGCGACGUCGCACUGAAUGCCUGGAUGAGAUGUCGGACCUGGAGAAGCAGUUCACGGAUCUGAAAGAACAAUUGUACCAAGAGAGACUGAGCCAGGUAGAAGCCAAACUGGACGAGGUGAUCGCAGGGAAGGCAACUGAGUACUUGGAGCCCCUGGCUGUCCUGCAGACGAACAUGAAAAUCAGAUCUGAGGUAGCAGGAGUAUAUAAAGAUCUAUGUUUGGAGGUAAUCAGAAAUAGGUACGAGUGUGAACUGCAGGGAGCUCGGCAACACCUGGAGAGUGAGAAGCUGUUGUUGUUUGAUAACAUGCAGAACGAGCUGUUGGAAAGAAUUCAACGACUGGAGGAGGACAAGCAAAGUAUAGACAUCACCUCAGAAUGGUGGAACGAGGAGGCCCGGGGGAAACGGAACAAGAAGAAGUGUGACAUCUUGAAACCGGAAAAGAAGAAGAAGGCAGCGAGUGUGUCCGGUCCAUACAUUGUCUACAUGUUACGAGAUAUCGAUAUUUUGGAGGACUGGGCUGCCAUCAAGAAGGCGAAAGCAGUUAUCAAUCAGCAAAAAAGAAAAUCAGACGGUACAGGUUCUGAAGCAACUCAUGGCAAGAAGGGGAAAAUCUCAGCACAGCUAUUAAAUGACUCGGUGCUACCCAAACAGGAGAAGCAUGUGUACGUGGCCAAGUGCGAAGAUGGCCGACUUUUCUAUGAGGGGGACUGGUACAGUAAAGGACAGAGCAUUAUACUGGAGAUGAAGGAUGAGACGCCAGCGCAUGCGAUGAUAACUGCUGUGAGCACAGGAGAGGUCUGGCUCCGCAGGUCAGAUGGUAGCAAAACCAAGCUGUACAUCAGCCAGCUGCAAAAAGGGAAAUACUCCAUCCACAUGCCGUGAACUUUGACUCUAAACCUGUUGCUCUAUUAAUUGCAACAAAAAAACUUUAUAUAUAUAUAUAUAUAGAUAUAUACAUCAAUUGCUGUAUGCAAAAAGUACUUUUAGAAACCCAGGGUUUUAUGUGGAAGAUUGGUGGAAACCUACUCUAAUGAACACACAAGCUGGGAAAGCAAUGUCGCUGCAAGAGGACUGCGAGCAAACAAACUCUGACGUCUAGAGUAAAGAGAAAGUUUGGCAAAGCACCCGGCUUUGGGGAGGCCGGAUUCACAGAAUUUCCCCCCCAGUGCCUCUUCCCCAGAUCACAAGCAAAACUCGUGAAUGGCCAAGCCAAGAGAAAAAUACUCUAGCACUUUUUCCCCCCUUCGUUUCUCUUGCGGCGAUCACUCUGCACUAAGACUUGAAUCUGCGUGUGACGUUAUCCGCAGAAUAAAAGACCCAUUCGGAGCCUGUAUCCAGCCGGUGUUUGAUGGAUUCCUAUUCCGUGUACAGUGCUCAUCUGUGGGUACAGCAUCCAAUGAAUUGUACAGCACUUUUUUUUUAAGAAGCCGGACUGACCCUGUACUGGAGACCUAAGCACUAAAACCAUAGAGAUCGUGUGGAUAAAAAGUUUAUUGCAAAUCUAUCAAAACUUUAAAAAAAAAAAAAGACAUCUAUUAAAAUAAAUAUAUGACA